AUGAGGAGGAAGCAGUUUUCGAUGUCUACAAAGCAAUCCAACUCCCCCCGUCACUAUGAGGAGCUGUCCAUGAAAUCAGUUAUUGAGGUUGAUGAGCAAAUUCGUGAUCCAAGUGUAUAUCUAGACGAUUCUCUAGAGAAAGCACUUAUGUUAUUUGAUAGCCUGGGGAAUGAUGAGGAGGUUGAGGAGAUGAUGCACAUUCUUGAUACGUCUUGUGCAUACAUGCAGGGGACACACCCCUUUGAACCUUUGAACAGGCCACAGGGACCUCCUCCAAAGCCGUCAAUUGAGGAAGCCCCAAAAUUGGAGCUUAAACCUCUCCCAUCUCACCUGCAAUAUGCUUAUUUGGGAGACUCUGACACUUUACCCGUUAUUGUUUCUUCUGACUUGUCUAAAUUGCAGGAAGAAAAGCUGUUGAGAGUGCUACGAGAGCACAAGCGAGCAAUUGGGUGGACGAUGUGGAGAAUUUGCAUUGACUAUAGAAAAUUAAACAAUGCCACCCGGAAGGAUCACUUUCCCCUCUCCUUUAUCGACCAAUUGCUUGAUAGAUUAGCUGGCCAGAAGUGCUACUGCUUCUUGGAUGGUUACUCUGGGUGUAUGAUGGCCAUUUUCACUGAUAUGGUCGAGAGGUUUGUAGAAGUAUUCAUGGAUGAUUUUUCUGUUUUUGGAUGUUCUUUUGAUAACUGCUUAAUGAACCUCGAUAAAGUACUUGCUCGGUGUGAAGAGACUAACUUGGUGCUAAACUGGGAAAAGUGCCAUUUGAAGGUGGACAAGGCAAAGGUGGAAGCAAUUGAAAAACUGCCUCCACCGAUAUCUGUCAAAGGCAUCCGCAGUUUCUUGGGCCAUGCAGGUUUUUAUCGUCGUUUUAUUAAAGAUUUCUCGAAAAUUUCAUCUCCCUUGUGCAGGUUGCUUGAGAAGGAUGUUGCCUUCAAAUUUGAUGAUGCCUGUCUGAAGGCAUUCGAGGAGCUGAAGGGCAGGUUGGUGACUGCACCGAUCAUAGUUGCUCCGGAUUGGGAGCAACCAUUUGAAUUGAUGUGCGACGCAAGCGACUUAGCUAUUGGAGCUGUCUUGGGGCAAAGGAGAAACAAGAUCUUUCAUUCCAUCUACUAUGCGAGCAAGACCCUGAACCCAGCUCAGAUGAACUAUACCGUCACUGAAAAAGAUUUACUUGCAGUGGACGCCAAGCCGAGAUUGAUUCGGUGGGUCCUACUGUCUCAAGAGUUUGAUUUGGAGAUCCGGGAUCGUAAAGGAACAGAAAAUCAAGUGGCAGAUCACCUAUCCAGAUUAGAAAAUCGGAACCAUGUGGCUGAAGGGGGUGCAAUCAAAGAAACAUUCCCUGAUGAGCAGUUAUUGGCAAUCACCUCAAGCACAGCUCCGUGGUAUGCAGACUAUGUGAACUUUAUUGCAAGUGGAGUGACACCACCAGAAUUGACACCAGACAAUAGAAGAAGGUUCUUGCAUGACGUGAGGCUUUACAUGUGGGAUGGGCCAUUCUUGUACAGGCUCUGUGCUGAUCAGUUGGUGCGGAGAUGUGUUCCUGAGGAAGAAAUGAGCUCCAUACUUCAUAGCUGUCACUCCUCGCCAUAUGGGGGUCAUCACGGUGGAGACAGAACCGCUCAGAAAGUGCUGCAAUCAGGUUUUUAUUGGCCAAAAUUGUUUAGGGAUGCACACGCCUUUGUUAAAAUGUGUGACAGGUGCCAGAGAACCGGAACGAUCACGAAGAAGCACGAGAUGCCACUGCAUAACAUUCUGUGGGUGGAGGCCAUUGCUCUCCCUACUAACGACGCAAAGGUGGUGGUAAGCUUUGUCAAGAAGCACAUCUUUACCCGUUUUGGAACUCCUAGAAUGUUGAUCAGCGAUGGAGGUACACAUUUCUGCAAUAAACUGUUGAACAACGUCCUUGCAAAGUAUGGGGUCAAGCAUAAAGUCUCCACUGCCUAUCACCCACAGACGAGUGGUCAAGUGGAGGUUUCAAACCGAGAGGUCAAGCAGAUUCUUGAGAAAACGGUGAGUGCAAAUAGAAAAGAUUGGGCCGGGAAGUUAGACGAUGCAUUAUGGGCGUACCGAACAGCAUACAAAACUCCCAUAGGUGCUUCUCCGUAUAGAUUAGUGUAUGGGAAGGCAUGUCACUUGCCCGUCGAGCUUGAGCACAAGGCCUAUUGGGCAAUAAAGAAGUUGAAUAUGGAUGGGGACUUGGCUGGAGAGAAGAGGUUGCUGCAACUAGAUGAGCUCGAGGAGUUUCGAUUACACGCAUAUGAGAAUGCCAAAUUGUACAAAAAGAAGACUAAGAGGUGGCAUGACAAGCACAUUCAAUUUCGAGAGUUCGAGCCAGGGCAAGAAGUUCUUUUGUUCAAUUCGAGAUUGAAACUUUUUCCUGGAAAGCUUAAAUCUCGUUGGUCAGGCCCUUUUGUUGUGGAAGAGCUAACCAAUGCAGGUGACAGAGGGUGGAUGCAAAGGCCAUUGAACAAGGUAAGAACAGGUAUCAUGACUCCUUCCAAGAAACGACGUACCACAAGGGCUUCAUCGAGCAGUCAAGCUGGCUCAGCUAGGUCACGAGGGGCUGCCCCUGCACCCUCUUUUGAUGCUACUAAGUUUGUAUCGGCCAAAGCUCAGGCCCUAUUUGCGGAAAAGGCUCGUCGAAAGCCUAUUCCGGAGAGAGGUGUUGACAUUCGAUGGCUUCAGAAAUUUUGCCCUCGUAUGUAUGAUGAGUUGAUGAGGCGGGGAUUGCAAACAUUCCUCAAUGAGCCCGGUGAGGCCAAUGCCAUGGUUGUAAGGGAGUUCUACGCCAACAUGCCAGAGCAUAAUAAUGGGAUAGUCACGGUACGCCGGCGAGCGGUGAAUGCCUCUGUGGAGGCAAUACGGGCGACCUAUCAACUGCAUCCUCCCCCGGAGACUGGUGAUUACUUUCAUGAUUAUGGGCGCCACCCAAUGACCGACAGAUAA